GCCAAUCAAAAUGCAAUAUUUGACUCCAUCGCGAAUUUGAGCAGGGCGCUGACGUGGCGAUGGAGAGACCGAUGCGCCAUCGCGACGUGCUGGAAGCUCAACUGGGGCUGUUGGCGGAUGAUAUCGUCGCAAACGCGGCCGAAGACUUGGAAGUGAACGACCCUGGGCCAUCUCGAAGCUCCGCCGAAGGCAAGGUUCACGACUCGGAGGUAGUGCCCCGCCGCGGCAUCCGACCGACGUUGAGCGCCAAUGGCAUGAUGAGCGCACGCAACUCUUCGUUUUGGCUGCAAGUCGUGGCGCAAUCGCACUCCGAUCCAUCGUUGCAAACGUCAUCCCGGUCGCUUCGUUGUAGUGUCCGUGUCGACUCGGUCGUUGAGAACGCGUCAACGGUUGCAACCCACGACAGCGUACGUGAAGAAGACACGAGCGAGGCGAUCCCCGAGGCCGACGAAAUCAUCUACGAACAUGAACGCUACCAAAUCUUGCUCGGCUGGGGUGCCAAGGGAUGCCUGCUCCCCAUGGACCCGAAACGAUACACAAAUGCAACGUACUCGACCCACUAUCCGAUCUUUCCAACGAUUGCGCUGCCCAAACCGUCCACCGACGGGACGUGGGAGUGGACAUCUCCGUGGCAAAUUCAAAUUGUGCCAAACGUGACCGACAAAGAUGGUUGGAAAUACGCAAGCAGCUUCAACCACCUGCGACAAAACAACCCGUCUGCGUGCUCUCCAACAUAUCGGUCGACGACGUUUACGAGGCGGCGGACGUGGAUGCGCCGACGGGAGUUCGUGCCAGUCGGGCGGCGCCAGUCCAUGCAUGCGCACGCAAAUAUCGGUCUCGAUGAUACACAGCUCGAUCGCAAGAGCGGGUGGCUGUACAAACAGGGCCACAUUUUGAAGAACUGGAAGCGGCGCUUCUUUGUCCUGGAUGGCUCGGUGCUGCGAUACUUUAGCGAAGACGUCGACGCCACCGUGCCAAAGUCCACAACGCACAAGCUCAAGGGUGAAGUUCUCUUGUUUCACAAGGACACAACGGUGCACUAUGUGGACAUUCACUUGAGCGGCCGCGAUUUUACUUUUGCCAUUGACACCAGCGGCGGGGGGUUUUCGCUCAUGCUGCAAGCGAGCUCGCUGGACGAGCGAGAAGAUUGGAUUUAUGCGAUUGAGGACGCGAUCCUGUGCCGCGAGUCGUACCAGGACUCUAGCGGCACGGAAUUAAAGCAAAACGUCGAGAGACGCCGGUCGUUAACUCGCGUGGCUGUGCCCCCACGUCCGACGAAAAUCGUUUGCGAUCGAAUUGUCAAAGCGCAUACCGAGAACAUUCGCAACUUUAUCGCGACUUUUCAACUGCACUACGACAAAUUGCCGACACACGAAUGCGUCCAAGCCAAGGUCCUGUCUGCGAUCAAGUCAUUCCGCAUGUUCAUGGAGCGCAUUUUGGCCAAGGUCCUGGAACGGUACCGCGACUACAUGGUUCAAAUCAAGCAGGAAGCGCAAAUCGAACACAAUUACGCCGAUGCGAGAGACACUGCCCUGAUUCAAAUUGAACGGCUGACGUUUAUUCCACUGCAAGACGUGCUGUACAAUCUGCUACUGGUGUCGACGGGCGAAGAAUCCGUGCGAGUAUUUGAGACAAAGCGCCGCUAUCUAUCGCGGCAAAGCCAAGCGUUCUUUGAUAUUCAGCCCAACCACAUGUCCCCGUCGAAUUGGAGGACGGCCAUUGUCCAGCUCAAUCAGAUGGACAACUACUCGCUGCCUUUUGAAAAAGGUCAGGCGCUGAUGGAAGCCGCCACGAGCAUCUACACGCUGCACGCCAUGGAGCACGACACCCCCACGUCGAUGCCGAAUACGUCGCCCCACUUGGCCGCUGACGACUUUCUCCCGAUAUUUAUCUACGUCGUGUGCCAGAGUCGAUUGCGCCAAGUGCUAUUGACGCGCCGGAUCGUGAGCGAAACCAUGAUCUCGUCCGUCGCGAUGGGUGAAGUCGGGUACUACUCGACAAUGCUGGAAGCUGCGGUCGAGUUCAUCGCGUUGUUUGAGCUCCCGACCGAGUCCAAAAAAGGCAAAAGCCCAACCAAUACACCCCCGUCGAUUUAAUCCAACUUGGCUCCGUCGCUGUUGUACAGUGCCGCGCACGUCGUCGACGACGCCGUGAGUUGCUUGAUAGACAUGCGCAACCGAUGCAACAACGCCACAGUCUGGCGGGAAGGGCUCCGCGGGCUCGACGUGCCGUCGGUGGCCGUCGCAUCCUGCUUCGUUGGGCAUUGAAACAAGGUAUUCAGUGUUGGCAGGACGUUUUGCAACGUGGACGACAACGUCGAUUUGUGUGGCCACG